CGGGCUUCGCGGGCGGGCGCGGGCGCGGGUGUCGUCGCUGAGCCGAGGCCGGGCGGCCGGAGUCCUCAGGCAUGAACCUCGAGUUGCUGGAACUUCUUGAACCACCGCUGGCCUUGUAUGUCCACCAGUAGUUCCUGGGCCAAAUGGACUGUUGAUGUUAGUCCUUUGGGCAGAAUUAUCCAGAGGAAGCUGAUGGAACUUUGGAUUGUAUCAGCAUGGCCCUGACUUGCACCUUUAACAGGUGGGGCACGCUGCUUGCAGUUGGCUGUAAUGAUGGCCGAAUCGUCAUCUGGGAUUUCCUGACAAGAGGCAUUGCUAAAAUAAUUAGUGCACACAUUCAUCCAGUCUGUUCUUUAUGCUGGAGUCGAGAUGGUCAUAAGCUCGUGAGCGCCUCCACUGACAACAUAGUGUCCCAGUGGGAUGUCCUUUCAGGCGACUGUGACCAGAGGUUUCGAUUUCCUUCACCCAUCUUAAAAGUCCAGUAUCAUCCGCGAGAUCAGAACAAGGUUCUCGUGUGUCCCAUGAAAUCUGCUCCUGUCAUGUUGACCCUUUCAGAUUCCAAACAUGUCGUUCUGCCUGUAGACGAUGACUCCGAUUUGAACGUGGUUGCAUCUUUUGAUAGGCGAGGAGAAUAUAUCUAUACAGGAAAUGCAAAAGGCAAGAUUUUGGUCCUAAAAACCGAUUCUCAGGAUCUUGUUGCUUCCUUCAGAGUAACAACUGGAACAAGCAAUACAACAGCCAUUAAGUCAAUAGAGUUUGCCCGGAAGGGGAGUUGCUUUUUAAUUAACACAGCAGAUCGAAUCAUCAGAGUUUAUGAUGGUAGAGAAAUCUUAACCUGUGGAAGAGAUGGAGAGCCUGAACCCAUGCAGAAACUGCAGGACUUGGUGAAUAGGACCCCGUGGAAGAAGUGCUGUUUCUCUGGGGAUGGGGAGUACAUAGUGGCAGGGUCCGCCCGGCAGCACGCCCUGUACAUCUGGGAGAAGAGCAUUGGCAACCUGGUGAAGAUCCUCCACGGGACCAGAGGAGAGCUCCUCCUGGACGUAGCUUGGCAUCCUGUUCGACCCAUCAUAGCGUCCAUUUCUAGUGGAGUCGUAUCUAUCUGGGCACAAAAUCAAGUAGAAAACUGGAGUGCAUUUGCGCCAGACUUCAAAGAAUUGGAUGAAAAUGUAGAAUAUGAAGAAAGGGAAUCAGAGUUUGAUAUUGAAGAUGAAGAUAAGAGUGAGCCUGAACAGACAGGGGCUGACGCUGCGGAGGACGAGGAGGUGGAUGUCACCAGCGUGGACCCCAUCGCAGCCUUCUGCAGCAGUGAUGAAGAACUGGAAGAUUCAAAGGCUCUAUUAUAUUUACCCAUUGCCCCUGAGGUAGAAGACCCAGAAGAAAAUCCUUAUGGCCCCCCACCGGAUGCAGUCCAAACCUCCUUGAUGGACGAAGGGGCUAGUUCAGAGAAGAAGAGGCAGUCUUCAGCAGAUGGGUCCCAGCCACCUAAGAAGAAACCCAAAACUACCAAUAUUGAACUGCAAGGAGUACCAAAUGAUGAAGUCCAUCCACUACUGGGUGUGAAGGGGGAUGGCAAAUCCAAGAAGAAGCAAGCAGGCCGGCCUAAAGGAUCAAAAGGUAAAGAGAAAGAUUCUCCAUUUAAACCGAAACUCUACAAAGGGGACAGAGGUUUACCUCUGGAAGGAUCAGCGAAGGGUAAAGUGCAGGCGGAGCUCAGCCAGCCCUUGACAGCAGGAGGAGCAAUCUCAGAACUGUUAUGAAGACCCUUGAAGUUCUUCAUUCUUCCCUGCUUUGCCAUCAUGUGGCCUCUGGACACUGUGGUCAGUCAUCUGAGAUUGACUUUAAUUUAAAACAAAGGCCUGUGUCUUCCACCCAGGAGGUGGAAGGAGUGAAUUUUAUGUUUGAAUGAAGAAGUGAAUUAUGGAAGAAGAGUAUAUGUCCCUUCCCUUUCAAGCCUAAGUCCAAAUAGACUCUCAGGAAUGAGGAUUUGUGAAGACAUCACGCAGGAGUUUGGCUCCUGAAAUCUGAGUGCUCGUUCUGUUGCUGGAGGAGGUUGCCGGUCUGCUCGUCUGUCUGCCCUGUGCCUGGCAUCGUUGCGGCUUCUCACGUCCUCUCUCCUGCUUGCCUUCGCUCCUCAGUGCAUGUCCUUGAGUGACUUAUUUUUACCUGAAAUUUUGCUGCCUGUAUCCUAGAAAAAACUUCUGUUUGCACAUUCUUUCUUCCAUUUUUAAAGUUACCUACUCACCAGAUACCUCCUAUAUUUCCAUAUUCUGUUACAAAGGAUGGGCAGAAAAGAAGGUGCUUGAAAGAUUUCAGAUUUUCUGAGAGAGAGAUAAGAAAGGGCCCCUCUUUUUAACAUCCUGUAACAUUUUGCUCAAGAAGCUGGGCUGUGAGAGGGUCAGGGUUUUUCUUGGUUUUCUUUUCAUUGCAUGUUUCUCUGCAGUUCAUUCAAUCAUGGUUUAUGAAGAUAGCUAGUUUCAUUUGUCUCCAGCAAAGAAUCAUUAGUAGUUUAUAUUGCUUUACCUAUACUGGCUUCCAGAGACAAAAACAAACCGGGGUGUCUCUCAACAAGCUUAUUUUAUACUGGGGUGGGGGAAUCUAUGCAAGGACUAAAAUAAAACCAUCCAUAAUCAAAGCAGCAACACCACAAAUAAAAAAUCAAGGAACAUUUUUUUAUCGGUGCUUGUGGACAUCUGUCCUUCCCACCAGUCAUCAUGUUUCCCCUCCUUAUGUCCACGCUCCUUUUCCUUCCUACAUGUUUCCAGUCACUUCCUUUCUGUGAAAGGUUGCUUAGCUUUUAAAAAUUUUUUAAUUUUUGCUUCUGCUGUUCUUUGUAUAAAAAGUAGCAAAUUGGAUGGAUGUGUCCACCAGGUGUUUGAAAUUCUCUGAAAACCCACAGUGAAGAAACCAGGUGUGGAGAAGGUUGUCCAGCUCCUCUGAGUAGAGCUUUGAGCUGACUGGAAGUGCUCAGUCUGGAUCAUCAUUUUCACGGUAUUUUCAAAGGAGAGUUAAACACUGCUUAUUGGGAAAUCUCUGUUGGUUGGUGGUUGCUUCAAUAGGUAGCCAAACAAGUUGAUUGCUUUUUGGAUUUUAGCGUAGCAAUCAGAGUAGAACACAUCAGCAAGAGCCUCUUCCAUUCCGUCUCUAGAACCAAAAUGUUCAGUAGUUGAAGAGCUCUCCCUGAACCAGUGGCCAAAUGUCUAUAUUUUUAGAUGCCACUGCCUUUUCCUCAGAUGCUCCUUUUGUGAAUUUCAUUUCCUAUUUCAUAUCAGACCAGUGGUUGAGAUUGGUAGGUGGGUCACUAGGCAUGUUUUUGUUUUGUAGACAUUAUUUCCAUUUCGUUUCUCGCUACACUGUACACGGCAGCAGUAUGCAAACUGUGAUACAGGUGGCCUCUGCCUUACUUCUGCAAAGUAGCUGGUGUCCUCUGCCUGAGCAUUUGGAUGUUCGGGCUCUGUCCACCUCCUGAGAAAAAUCAACGUCAGCCCUGCCAGAGCGUCUGGUAGCAGCUCCUAAUAAUUAUUUAUGCUUCUGGAAUUGUUUUCGGCUCCUGAAACCUUGUGUCCAUUUCAGUUUGAUUCUCUGGAUUUGUACAAUAUAUGCAUAUUCUUUUUUCCCUUCUGUCACCUCCCAUCCCCUCAGCGUUUUGUAAUGUCCUGUAGUUUUGUAUGAGAGGAGACUUAGCCUCGGGUACUUCUUGCUGAAGCUUUAAUGCUUUGUAAAUAAAAUCGGAUGUUUAUUAAA